AGGAAAAGCUGGGCCUGGUCUCUGCCCAGUUCCUGUUCCCCACCUGCUUCUACCCUUUUCUCCCCUUUCCCUGGCUCUGCCAGACUAGCUCCCUGGGCGCCAGCUCCCCACCCACUCCCGGAGGGCGGGGCUUGGCUGCACCCACGAGUGGCGGAGUUAAAUGCUCUAGCCGGUAGAGGAGCUAGGGAGUGUGGCCCUGAGCCGGCUCGGACAGAGACACUGCACCAUGGCGGGCAAGAAAGUCUGCAUUGUAGGCUCUGGCAACUGGGGCUCGGCCAUCGCCAAGAUUGUGGGUGGCAAUGCAGCGCAGUUGGCACGCUUUGACCCACGGGUAGCCAUGUGGGUGUUUGAGGAAGACAUUGGAGGCAGAAAGCUGACAGAGAUCAUCAACACGCAGCACGAGAAUGUCAAAUACCUGCCGGGACACAAGCUGCCCCCAAAUGUGGUGGCUGUCCCAGAUGUGGUCCAGGCUGCUGCGGACGCCGACAUCCUGAUCUUUGUGGUGCCCCAUCAGUUCAUCGGCAAGAUAUGCGACCAACUCAAGGGCCACCUGAAGGCCAAUGCCACUGGCAUAUCUCUUAUUAAGGGGGUAGACGAGGGCCCCAAUGGGCUGAAGCUCAUCUCCGAAGUGAUCGGGGAACGCCUUGGCAUCCCCAUGAGCGUGCUGAUGGGGGCCAACAUUGCCAGCGAGGUGGCAGAUGAGAAGUUCUGUGAAACAACCAUUGGCUGCAAGGACCCAGCCCAGGGACAACUUCUGAAAGAGCUGAUGCAGACGCCCAAUUUCCGUAUCACAGUGGUGCAAGAGGUGGAUACGGUGGAGAUCUGUGGGGCCUUAAAGAAUAUAGUGGCUGUGGGGGCCGGCUUCUGUGACGGGCUGGGCUUCGGCGAUAACACCAAGGCGGCGGUGAUCCGGCUGGGCCUCAUGGAGAUGAUCGCCUUCGCCAAGCUCUUCUGCAGCGGCCAGGUGUCCUCUGCCACCUUCCUGGAGAGCUGCGGUGUGGCUGACCUCAUCACCACCUGCUACGGGGGGCGGAACCGCAAGGUGGCCGAGGCCUUUGCCCGGACAGGAAAGUCCAUUGAGCAACUGGAGAAAGAGAUGCUGAACGGGCAGAAGCUGCAGGGGCCCCAGACGGCUCGGGAGCUGCACAGCAUCCUUCAGCACAAGGGCCUGGUGGACAAGUUCCCCUUGUUCAUGGCUGUGUACAAGGUGUGCUAUGAGGGCCAGCCAGUGGGUGAAUUCAUCCGCUGCCUGCAGAACCAUCCAGAACACAUGUGAGUGGGGCCAGGACCCAGGCCAGGCCGCUUCUUUACCCCAGCGGAGACGGGCAGAAGCUUGGGCACCAGGAUCUCUGGGACUUCUCGUGGAGCAGAGUCUUCUCAGCUUUUCAUUGGAGCAUGAAGGCUGUGGGGCCCAGCCACGCGCCCGGCGACCCCGAACUGCCAGGCAGCCUGCGGCCUCUUGCCACCACACCUUGCCAGAAAUGGAGUUGCCCUGUCCCUCUCCAGAUGUGCAGCUGUCUUCCCGCUCUCUGGGAGGAGCAGAAGCAAGUCCCAGUGUGGCCUGCCUGGGGUGUGUAUGGAGAGGGUGGGGGGAGAAGGUAGCAGGGCAGAAGCUGCCAGUUGCUGCCUCACACCGACCAGGAAUCCUGUCAAAUGGCUCAAGAAGUAUCAUAGCCACUGGAGGGAGGGGGCAAGGGCUGCCAGGGACCCCUUGGCUGACCUCCGCCAGGAUCCACACAACUCCAAUGGAUCUCAGUGUUUGUUCACAAAAUACAAAGAUCUCAAACAA